AUGAGUGGCCUCCAGUCUGGUAAAGGCCAGGGCACCAAGUCACGCCGCUGGCUUGCCCUAGGCUCCAAAGUCCCUCCGGUUCCUCAAGAGCGUGAUGCUUCCCCUGAGUUCAAGGCCUCUUGGCUCAGCAAGUUAACCUUUGGUUGGAUGAGUGGCAUCAUCGCCACCGGUUAUAAACGGACACUUCAAAUGAGCGAUAUCCCCAUUGUCAACCCCAAGAGAAGUGUACAAGAUCACAAUGCAGUCUUCAGCACAAACUUCGCGGAGGCAGUCGCUGCGGAGGAUGUCAAUGCUCCACUCUUCAAGUCUCUACACAAGACCUUUGCUCGCGAGUUUUGGUUGGCCGGAUUUUAUCGCCUUGUCGCCGACCUUCUUACCAUCGGAAGUCGAUACUCGAUUCGCUAUCUCAUCGAAUAUGUCACGGAGGCCUAUUAUUCGCAUAUCCCCAACAGCGGCGUCAACGAACCUCAGCUUGCCUUAGGUGUAGGGUUGACAGUCGGUAUUAUUUUGAUGCAAUUGAUCAUGAGUUGGGCUCAAAAUCACUUUUUGUACACUGGACAGGUUGUUGGUGGCCAAGUCAGGGCCGUGAUGAUUGCUAAGAUCCAGGAGAAGAGCAUGAAGAUUUCCGAACGAGCGAAAGCUGGUAUUACUGUCACAAAUCUAGGAGCUGGAAAUUCCCAGGAAGCUUUGCAGAACGUCAAUCUAUCCGACCCUAAUGAAGCUUUGAAGCGACUAAAUGGCGAAGAAUACCAGAAGCAAGGCUACAGUACUCCAGCGCCUCCUUAUGUCACCGAUUCAGCAGGUCAUAAUAAUGGGCCUCACUACCCCCGAGACAAUCAGAAUCGCUAUUCUCGGUACCCUCGGAACUCUCAAUAUGGUGAGCCUAUUCCCGAGCCUCGACCUAGACAGUCUCGACUGCAACGAAUUUCGCGAUACUCCUACUUCUUCAGUGGAGAUGAAAAUUCGGAUCCACAAGGCCUUGGGUCGGAACUGCAGGUCCCCAAGCCUGCGUACGCCGGAAACUCCGAAUAUCCUCGAAACUCGUUGUACCCUCGUGAAUCAUUGUACCCCAGAAACUCUCUAUAUCCUCGACAAUCGGUCUACCCUCGGCAAUCAGUAAACCCUCGACAGUCUCAGUACACUUGGUACGCUCGUUAUUCUCAAUAUAUGGGAGAUCAACAUUCAGACUUCUCAGGAAAGGGUCAACUACCUGUCCCUCAACCCCGGCACCCCAGACAGUCUCGGUACACCAAUCGACUCACUCGAUACUCUGUAUUCCCUGAAGCACAACUCCCAGAGUACGACAUGUCAUCCGAGUCUCAAUACUCUGACGAUGAUCCUGACUAUCCCGAGCCAGAGAUUGAGUAUGAAAAUGAGGAUGGUGAGUUGGUUGAAGUCCACGGUCAAGGCUGGUCCAAUGCGCGUGUUCUUACCCUCGUGAACGUCGAUGCCAACCGCAUUGACCAGUGCAUCAGUAUGGUACACUUGGUGUGGACCUCGCCAAUCAUUAUUGUCAUUUGUAUGGCAUUGAUUCUUUCCAAUAUCUCUUACUCUGGUCUCUCCGGUCUUGGAUGCAUUUUCUUUGCCUUCGGUAUCCUUGUGGUGGCUGUAAAGUCUCUCAAAGCUCGUCGCGUCGGACUGAACAUGGUCAUCGAUGCCCGGGUUAGUCUUACCCAAGAAGUGAUUGGAGCCAUUCGAAUGGUCAAGUUCUUCAACUGGGAAGGUAGCUUCCUUGAUCGUCUCACCCGACUUGGAACCGAGCAAACGCAUGAGUUGCAGCGCUGGUAUGCCAUUUACAACUUUACCAUGGCUCUGGGCCAGGCUUUGCCUGUGAUGGCAGCCAUGUGCAGUUUUAUCACCUAUGCUACCGGUAGUGGCCAUCAAUUGAAUGUCGCUACUGUGUUCUCCAGUACUGCUCUCUUCACUUCUUUGCUUAUCCCUACUACAUACCUCCCUGCCUGUCUUAGCCAGGUAUCCGAGGCAGGUGCUGCGCUAAAGAGAAUUCAAGAAUAUCUUCUCGCGGAAGAAAAGGAAGAGGCAGAGAUCGAUGAGAAUAUGCGAGAGGCAAUUAAGAUUGAAAACGCAGAAUUUAGCUGGGAUAGAAGCCACACCGCUCCUCCGCCCGAAGAGGACAAGACCAAGGGCAAAGGACAGGACAAGAAGGACGAGGAUGCGAAGAGCGAUCGUGCUUCAGAUAUCACUUUAGCAGACGAUGACGAUGAGGAUCCAAAUGCCCCCUUCAGAAUUCCCUCUAUGUCUUUGAAUGUGCGUCGCGGUGAACUCAUUGCAGUAAUUGGUGGCAUCGGCUGUGGCAAAUCCUCUCUCAUAUCAGCCCUUCUCGGUGACAUGCGCAAAGUGAGUGGCACUUUGGCAAUGUCGUCACAAGUCUCGUUCUGCCCUCAAGCUGCAUGGAUUCAAAGCACAACAGUGCGUGAUAACAUUCUCUUCGGAUCUCCAUAUGAUCCGGAAUGGUACGAUGCCGUUGUCUCAGCUUGUCAGCUUCGUCGUGACUUUGAGAUUCUCGCCAACGGUGAUGCUACUGAGAUUGGAGAAAAGGGUAACAGUAUGAGUGGAGGUCAGAAACAAAGAGUCAGCCUCGCCCGAGCUAUAUACUCUAAAGCGGAUAUUGUACUGCUGGAUGAUGUAUUGAGCGCAGUCGAUCCUCACGUCGGACGAGCUAUCUUCGAAAAUGCUAUCCUCGGCCUUCUUCGUCAUAGAACUGUUAUUCUCGCGACCCAUACUACCCAUGUUCUUAGCCGUUGCGACCGCAUUCUUUGGAUGGAGAACGGUAUGACCAAAGCCUUGGGUAGCUUCUCGAAGUUGAAAUCACAAUUCCCCGACUUUGCUGAGAUGGCAAAGGAUGGUGACGGAGAACUCAAGAAGAAGGAAGAAUCGGACGCUAGCAAGGAAGCAAGGAAGAUCAUGGAUGAGAACUUUGUGGAGUCAAAUCAACUCAAUGGCCUCAAUGAGGAAGAAGAAAAGCCCGACGAAACCCCUCCGCCGCCGCCUCCCACGAUCCAGAGUAAUCCGUCGGCUUGGAAGGUCUAUUCGUCUUACCUCGCGUGUACCAAGAGUUAUAUUCCUCUCAUUUUGGCAUUGCCACUCAUUUGCAUGUCCCAGGCGGGCAAUAUCUUGUGUGGUAUGUGGCUUGCUUGGUGGGCAGAGGACCAGUUCAACCUUCCUCGCAACACUUAUAUCGGUAUAUACGUCGGUCUGGUCCUCGCCAUGGGUCUUCUUCUCUAUGCCUUCGGUAUGUGUGUCACUUAUGUUUGCCUUACCGCGAACAAGGUCAUGCUGAGUAAAGCAAACUCGAAUGUCAUGAAUGCGCCAACCUGGUUCUUCGACGUCACGGCCUUGGGUCAGAUCACGAGCCGAUUUUCGAAGGAUAUUCAAGUUAUUGACGAAGGUUUACCUGAGGCUUUCCGGCUCUUCAUGUACUCUGUUACCAUGAUUCUGGCUAUUUGUGCGCUGAUCAUUGCCAAGUUCCCUUGGUUUGCAUUUGCGGUCGUCCCUUGCAUUAUAAUCUUCUUCAUUGCUGCGAUCUACUACCGCGGAGCGGCUGGUGAACUCAAACGCUUUGAAGUUGUUCUCAGGAGUGGUGUCAAUGCCCGCUUCUCUGAGACUCUUACUGGUAUUCCCACAAUCCGUACAUAUGCCAUGCAAUCGCCAUUUUCGAAAACACUACUGGCUGCCAUUGAUGAUAUGAACAGCGCGAACUAUUUGACCUUCUCAAGUCAAAGAUGGUUGGCCGUUCGACUCGAUUUCCUCGGUGUUGUUCUCAUCGUUGUUGCUGUCACUUUGAUUAUGGUUGACAAGUACUCACAGUCACCAGCAAUCGCAGCUGUGGUCUUGACCUACUCACUCAGCGCUGUCCAAUCUCUUCAAUUCAUUGUCCGCCAGUGGGCAAACGUUGAAGCUGCUAUGUCCUCAACAGAAAGAAUGUACGGUUACUCGUGUGACCCGAACUUCCCCGCCGAGGGCAAGAAUGGCAAGGCCAUUGAGGCGGCACCGACAUCUUGGCCUGAGCAGGGCGCAAUUAAUUUCUCAAACGUACGCAUGCGCUACCGUCCAGGCCUUCCAGAGGUUCUCCAGGGCUUGAACCUGGUGGUACAGCCUGGUGAGCACAUUGGUAUCGUGGGCCGCACUGGUGCAGGAAAGUCAUCUCUCAUCAGUGCACUGUUCCGUGUCUGCGAGCUUUCCCGCGGUUGCGUCUCUAUUGACGGUGUCGACAUUUCGAAGCUUGCUCUGUCUGAUUUACGUCCACGUAUCUCAAUUCAGCCUCAGGAGUCUAUCCUGUUUGCUGGUACUGUUCGUGAUAACCUCGAUCCCUUGGGUGACCACACAGAUCAAGAGUUGUGGCUCGCCUUGCGUGGUGCUUGGCUGGCUGAUAGCCUACACCUCGAUGACGCCGUUGAUGAGGAGGGGCAGAACUUUUCCCAUGGACAGCGUCAGCAGCUUGGUCUUGCUCGCCUUCUUGUUAAGAACAGCAAGAUUGUUAUUUGCGAUGAAGCAACUUCGAGUGUUGACUUGGAGACGGAUGAGAAGAUCCAGCGGACCAUGGUCCAAGCUUUCAAGGGCAAGACUGUCUUGACAGUUGCCCAUAGGAUCCGCACCAUCAUCAACUAUGACAGAAUUUGUGUUAUGGACCGUGGCCGGAUCGCCGAGUUGGGUACACCAAUGGAGCUUUUCCACCGAGGUGGUGUCUUCAGAGAGAUGUGUGACACAAGCGGAAUCUCGGAGAAGGAGAUCCUAAGCUAUCACUAA